AUGGCCACGCUAGAGACACUGCCCGUUCUUAGUGACCCAACCUACCCCAGCCCGGAGAACUUCCACGGUUUUGCUCCCCAGCCAUCCCAACCCACCUCCCAGAGCACCAUGGGGAGCGUGGGCAGCGGAGUCGCCAACGAUCAAGAGUUUGCCAUGAAGAGCGUGGGGACCCGGACACAGAGCAGCAGCCGGCAGACAGAGGGCUCUCGCAACGGGUACUCCACACGGGAGAUCUCCAACCGCUACUCCGGAGAGGAGAAGACAUACAGGUCGGAGAAGGUCUCCAAUUCCCUCUACAUCAACGGCGACCUGCGCAAGAGUGAGAAGGUGAAGAUGGACAUCUGUGGGAAUGUGACCACCAACAACGAGAAGAACAUGCCGCCUCCUCCACAAUACCGAGAGCCCAGUAACCCACCAAAGAUAUUGCCAAUCUCCGGCAAACUAGACCAGAGCAAUGAGCCCUUAGUUAGACCCUCAGCCUUUAAACCAGUAGUUCCUAAAAACUUCCAUUCCAUGCAGAACCUCUGCCCGCCGCAGAGCAACGGGGUGACAGAGAACAGAAAGAGCUUGAACCAUGCCAACAGCAAUAGCCCGUCCGCACCCAAAACUGGACUUGACAAGAGCAGCCUUAACAGGACUACAAACCAAGUGGGGGGCCUUUCCGAUUCAGGCCGUAACUCGUUAACGAGCCUGCCCACGUACGGGACAGGCUACAGCCAGCACGUGGGUCCAAUGAGCGCCUCCACGAGCCACAUCAACCGCAUUGGUACAACCUACGUGGACAAGAACAUCGUGGGAUACAACGGGAUAUCUACCUCAGACAGUGGGCGGUCUUCGAGCAAGAGCACCUCUUCGUUCAGCAGACUGAACCAUCUCAACGAAACAAUGCCUUUCCACUCGCCUUCAACGGAUGACAUCAUCCAAGACCUGGAAGAUCGGCUGUGGGAGAAGGAGCAGGAGGUGCUCCAGAUGCGAAGGAACUUGGACAAAAGCGAGGCAGCCAUUUUCCAAGUGUUCGAGGAGAAGCAGAAGAUCUGGGAGAGGGAAAUGGAGGACCUGAGGCAAAACUAUGCCAACAAAUUGCAACAGGUCUCCAAAAAGGCGCAGCGGGCUCAACAGGCCUUGCAGCUCCAAAUCUUCAAGCUCCAGCAAGAGAAAAAAAAACUCCAAGAUGAUAUGGGACAACUUCUCCAGCAAAGAGAGGAGCUGGAGAAAAAAUUUGUGGCUUUCAAGAAGGAACAGGCUGAGUUUCUCCCAAAGAUUGAAGAGACCAAGUGGGAGGUGUGCCAGAAGGCAGGUGAGAUCUCCCUGCUCAAGCAGCAGCUGAAGGACUCCCAAGCGGACGUCUCCCAGAAGCUGAACGAGAUCGUGGGACUGCGGACACAGCUUAAGGAAGGUAAGAACUUCCUACGGGAGAAGGAGGAGCAGAUCCUCACCCUGAAGGACUCCUACAGCUCCAAGAGCGUCAACCUGGAGAUCUGCGAGAGCGAGCUGCAGCGGAAGAUGAGCGAGGUCCAGGUGCUGAGGGAAAAACUGAACCACUGUGAGCUGGAGGUCUCCGGCCUGAAGCGGACACUUGCCAGCAUGGGACCUCCGGGGCCUUUUGGUGGGGACCUUGGUGAGAAGCUGCGGGACCCGCUGGCCUGCGAGAGCGACGAAGCCAAGAUGCAGCGGCAGAGCGAGGACAGCGUCAACACGCUGCGGAAGGAGGUGGAGCGGCUCCAGACGGAGCUGAAGCUGGAGCGGCAGCAGCGGGAGCAGCAGGUGAUGGACUUUGAGGAGGAGCGGCGCACAUGGCAAGAAGAGAAAGAGAAAGUCAUCAAGUACCAGAAACAGCUACAACUGAACUACGUGGAGAUGUACCAGAAGAAUCAGCUCCUGGAGCACAAGGUGAACGAAAUGAACACGAAGGCCACCAGCCCCCCGCACACCGAGGAGAAAAAAACAUGGACUCCCUCCAGACUCGAGCGAAUAGAGUCCACCGAGAUCUGA